AUGCAGAACUUGCUUGUCUCUGAGGCUGAGGAGAUGCAACCCGUGGAGGCCCCGUGCGACAUCCCGCUGCGGGUCUUCCACCGCUUGGGCUCCAAUCAGUUUGUGCUGAGCUUGCAGCUUUGGGCAGGUGAUGAUGUCCUCAUGCGGGUUUUGGAGGUCUUCCAACAGGGCCAGCUGCCGAGCUGUUUCUUCCAUCAGACGCUUGAGUACGCCACCCUGGCAGUUCGAGAAGCCUUGGCAGAGGAGGAAGAUGGAAGCCUAGCAAACGACUUGCCCUCUGCCAUAUCGCUGCCGUCCUCGGAGCCCGCGAACCCUGUGCGCAGUCAGCCGGGGAGCAUCAACGAAAGGCUGCGAGCUUUGCAGCUGCGAGGCUUGAUACCACCAGACAGCUGUUCCUGGGGCCCGCAACUACGAAGUUGCGGCGGGUCGCAGAGCUGGGACCUGACCUUCUGGUGCGCCUAUGACUUCCUGUUGCGGCAUCGCCCCACGUUCUUCCGCACCAUUGGCACCUUGGAGGAGUCCUACCUUAAGGGCAUUCGCGAGCUACGAGCGGGCCGUGCGGUUGCAAUCUCCGAGCUGCAGCGCGCGGCUCUCAGACCUCAGACUCAGCAGCAACACGCGCCACGCCCCUCUCGAGCCCAUGCCGCAUAUUCAAUCAUGGUAAAUGUCCAAGGUUGUCAGAGCAUGGAGAUGGAGAAGGUCCGUCAGGAGAAAGAGGAGGACGGCAAUGCUCCAGUGGACAUUCACGUUCUGGUCGGUCAGCAUGUGAGUGAGAUUGAUGCGCUAGAGUUGCACUGGCAAAGUGAGAUCGAGCAGCUAAAGGGAAAGCAGAAAGCAUCCUACAGGGAGCUGGUGGUCGACUUCUUCCAGCGGGAGAUGGAGAUGGCAAAGCUUGAAGAAACCGGCGUGGCUCCGGAGGAUGAAGUACACUCCGAGCCGAACUUGCUCAGGCAGCUCGCACGCCCGUUGCGACCCGAACCACUGGCACCUGAGGAGACCAACCCCAUCAGUGAGGAGGAGCCGCAAGUAGCCCUGCCAGAAGGGAGCCGCCUCACACAAAUCUGUGAGGUGCGCACAGUCUUCGGACGUCAGGCCUUCUUCGUUCUGCGCCUGUGGAUCGGCGAUGUCAUGGACUUUGCCGGAGGUGCCGCGGAGACGGAAGUCCCCACGGCAGAUGACGGUGACGGUGCUGGCCCACAGCUACCAAAAACUUUCCUGGGCAUAGACAGCUACGGGCGGCAGGAUUCAUUUGUUGCAGGCAGCGCUUUCGCCAGCCACGAGCCGGGGGGUUUGCCAAGGAUCCAGGCAGCGUGGACAAAAACUCGUGCUCUGCCCAACCAUGUCGUUCGCGGACAGUUCGGAGGUAUUCCUUUCUUUCGCUCGGCAUCGCUGCGGUUUUGGGAGGCACCAAGAUUGCCACCGCCGGUGACGUUGUCCCCAAACGCCUACUCAGAUAAGCUACGCGGGAUUGUGAUCCCGACGCUGGAACACCUGAAAUUCGAGACUUCUCAGGCAUCGAUGCUGCGAGAGUUUGCCAUGCGCUGUGCUCGGGUGAGCGAUUUCCACUUCAGCCCUCUGAGUGAGCAGCUUCAGGCCAUCAAGGAACAGGAACUUUCGAGUUCUGGGCCUUUGCGUGCUGGCGACUACUUCUGCACCCGACACUCGAACCUCGGGGGUCAGGUGCAGGCUGCUUUUCACCUCUUGGUGGCCGCACCGCUGGCAACCGCUCCGGCCGACGAAGUAGCAGCUCCAGUUCAUCGGGCCUUGAAGCGCAUGCUUUGGGAUUGCCAUCGCUGUCGUGUGUCUGAGUUGACAAUUCCUCUCCUUCUCCUUGACAUUGGGACCUUUGAGACAUCCUUGCCUUAUGCUGUUGCACAGCGACGGGCCGAGAAUUCUCUUCGAGCACUGAAAGGGGCAUUGACAGCCUUGACAGAUGACCUGUCGCCCUCGGAGAUGCCAGGCUUGGAGUUGAUCAAUCUGGUGCUGAGAGCACUGCUUGUGGUUGAACGUCUCAUCUGCGGGGCCCCGGAUCCACGUGAGCUUGCCAGACGUGACGCUGCGAAGAAGAUCAGCACCAAGAGCCGACGUCGGUGGACUCUGCUCCAUGGCAACGCGGUCUUGAGGCUGAUGUCUUGGCAAAAUGCAGAUGGGGGUCGACGACGGCAGAAGAAGACGCGGGUCGCGUUGGUGGACAACGGGUCUUUGAAGCCUGAGGCCACCAAAUCCCUUCGACGCCUCGCAGCGGCGCUGCAGCGACGCAGAAGCUGGACCGUUGAGGCCGUGUCGGCGCGCUUCGCGGACAAAAUCUCGAAGGACAAGUUGGAUGGCAAGCCUGGUGAGGUCUUGGGCCCAUGGUUGAAGCGCGUGGCUGAGGAGGAAGGCAGUGAUGCCAAGGUUCUCUUGUUGCCAUUGCUCAUCGGGCCCAGUGACACCUUGACCAAGACCAUGCCAGAGGCUGCGAGUGCGGCCUCCGACCUUGAGGUCACUAUAGCGCCCAGCCUGGUCUGCUUGUGCCCGGCCAUUUACAAGGCCGAGGCCUGUGGAGCUUCCGAGAUGGCCACGAUGCUUGCGGACAAGCUGGGCGACUUGACGCCCACUUCUGGCGUUACCCACAUCCUCGUCUGUGAUCAUGGCUCUCCGGCAGCCAAAGUGACGGCAGCGCGGGAAGCAGUGCGGUCCGAGCUGGAGGUGAAACUGGGUCGCAGCGUGACUGCCUGCUGCAUGGAACGACGCGAAGGUGCCCAGUACGACUUCAACGGACCCUUGCUGGAGGAGGCUCUCAAGGACCUGCCUCCAGGGGCAUUCGCGAAGGUGGCGCUUUUGUUCCUGCAGGAAGGGCGCCAUGCAGGUCCUGGAGGGGACAUCGCCAAGAUCGUGGAAGGAGUGUUGGCCGAGCGAAAAGACCUGAAGAUUGAAACCACCGGGGUCUUGGCAGGUCAUGCCCUGUUGGAGGAGCUCCUGCUGAAACGUGCACAGAAGGCAAUCCCUUACCACCUGUUCACCUGA